AUGGGGAAGUCUCGCGUGAAACCCUUGAAAAGUGCUGUAACAGUACCAAAGCUGGAGUUGACAGCAGCUACUCUAGCUACGAAAGUCCACAAGGUCAUAACGAGAGAGUUAGAAGGAAGACUGAAGAUUAACAGUGUGACUUACUGGACUGACUCUAUGAUAGUUCUCAAGUACAUUGCCAAUGAAGUACGAAGAUUUGUAACCUUCGUCGCAAACCGGGUAGCUGUCAUACAUCAAGAAUCAGAUCCAGGGCAGUGGCGGCAUGUACGAUCAGAGCUCAAUCCUGCGGAUUAUGCUUCCCGAGGGAUCAAGGCCUCGGAGACUGGAAAACUGGAAAGGUGGCGCCAUGGUCCAGAAUUCUUGUGGAGAGAAGUUGAAGAUUGGCCCCCCAGCCUCCAGAGGAAUUGGGAGACCUCCUAG